UGGUUUUAUUGAACAGUUGAAAAGAAAGUUUUGUAUGUCAUAAUGAUUUUUUUUCAUAUCUCAUCCUUUGCUUUUUUCUGUUUUUUCUUCUUGCUUUUUUCCGGGGGACACAAUGGACAUAAUCAGACUAUAAAUGGCAGCAGUCUUGGUUGUCCUGCUGCUGAAACAUGCAUGGUUUCCAGGAAGCAGGACGUCUGAUGAAAAUGAUGGGAAGACGACGGUUUUGGAAGCUGCUGCUCCCGUGGGAGGUUUCAGCUCACUCUGAGUACCAUCAUCUCUCUUCGUACCAGACAGCGGCAGCCAAUCAGCUCGUGGUUUCGCUCCCAGUUCGCCCCCCUCUCCUCCCACAUCAACCAGCCGCGUAAUAAAGCCGCCUGCAUGCUCGCUCUCUCUAAACUCUGUCGUCUCCCUCUCAAAGCUGCGCAGUGCGUCCGGUUUGCGUUCUCAAGCCCCAACCGCGCUCCCACACGGAGCACCGGAGCACCGAUGGACCAGAUGGGGAUGGUGGAUGCUGAGGGGGGCCGCGUGGUGCACCGGCCGCGGCGCGCCGGCGGGAGGCUGGCGAUGGUGGUCGCCGUGCAGAACGUGCUGGUGGUGGUCUGUGUGCUGGUCACCGUGUACGUCUACUGGGACGCUCAGAGCAAGACUUCCUCUGAAGGUAUCGUGCACAUACAGUUUGCUACCAUCACAGUCCCACUAGGAAGUAGCACACUUUUGUUCAGCUACACUGACAGCAGGAAUUCGAUUGACUUCGGUGAAGAUACAGACAAGUUCACCAUCAGAUGCACCGGACCCUACAUUCUGCAUAUGGACAUAUGCUACACGAGCUACAAGAAGGAUGAGAAGAUGAGGUCACAGACUCCAUGGAAUCUGCAGCUGCAGGUGGAGGGCAGUAAAACUCCCGCCGGCACUGUGGAGCUGCAGCCUUCAGAUGAAGUCUGCAGGGGGCUCCACAGUAUCGUCUUCCUCAGAGCGAAGGAGGUGGCCAGUCUGCACUUGUUGAACUCUACAACAUUUUUCAAUAUCAAGAAUGUGACAGUGGGCCUGAGCUCUCUGCUGGGGAACAGGUGUGACACUGACUGAGGGUUUUUAAAUACUGUCAGAGGACGAAGGCUGGAGCUGGAAUGAGGAAGGAAGGAAGGAAGCUCCGCAUUCAUCUGUGUUUGUCUGCCGCUGUGACUACAGACACACUAAGCUUGAUUCACACUGAUGGCAUGACUUGUGUUGACAGAUUCUUCUCCUCGUUGGUUAAUUAUACUUCGGCCGCGGUUGCAGUGCCUCAAGAAAUCACAAGGAAUCUCAACAAACUUGUGCGCAGUUCAGGGUGAGAGGAAAUCUCUUUACAAAGUGCCUUUUUUUUGGUGCAUCAGCUGAAAUUGUCUUCUUUUCUUGAAUCAUGAUGAUCAAGGCUGCAAAUGAAUGUUACUGCUCUUCUGUAUGCACAUCAUCGCUAUGUCUUGGUGCCUAAGAGGACAUUUUCAAAUUUGUUUUCAUGCUGGAACAAAUGUCCAGAACCCAAAGAUAAUAAAUAAUGAUAAUGAUAUGUAAUGUAAUAUAAUGGUGAUAAUGGGGGAAGCCUUUUAAAAAAGCUAUAAGUAGAAACUUGUAGGUGUUUUUUGCAUGAAAAAUGAACCAAAAGCUUCAUGAUCCCUGACUUCUUUGGACUGAAUAAGUCACAGUGUUGUGUAAGUUGAGUGAAUAUUUAACUGGAUGUUUUUCAAAAUAGUGUAACAAAACCCUCUCCUGGCCUGUAUUCGGGCCGCUGCUUGUUCAGGGGUUUUUAAGCUUUUUCAUUCCUCAGGUGCACUCAAAUUUUAAUAUAGAGUGUUGUUUUUUUAUUACUUUAUUUCACUAUAGCUGUUGUCGAGUACCAAAUGAAUGUAUCAGUUAUCUGUGCCUUUAUCCUCCAAUGAAGCUGUGAUGCGAGUCUCUGUGUGCUGUGCGGCUACAAAACAGUCCCUUCACAUUUUUUCAUGGAAUACCACAUUUUUAGAGACCACAUUAACCUGCAGGGGGCCUACCUCCUGGUCAGUGUCUGACAUGCUGCUGGACAUUGAUCUUACGCUGGUGUUUGUGGAGUUAAACUGACAGAUCAGGUGCUGCAGUCACACUGACACAGAGACGACUCGGAGCAAAGACCAAAGAGGAUGUGAAAGAAGUGGGAGUUUUUUCUCUUUUUCAUUAUAUCUGCACUUACGGUGCUUAUGACAUGACUGAAUGAUUUUUUUAAAUGAUGCAUAUGGUUAUGAAGCACAUAAGGUUAGAAUGUAUUGACUGAUUUCCUACAAGGUUCUUUGUUUUUGAUGCUUUUGUUAAGCUAUAAUAUUUUAAAUAAAAGUAUGUUGUGUUUUAACAUUCUGCUGUUUUAUAAUACAGGUUUGUGGGCCAGUGUUUUAGACAAUGUCAUGUUCAGUGUCAUUUAUUUUUUGCUAACAUUGGUUGCUUGAAUGAUAUUGAUUUCAAAAUGAAAUGUUUUAUACAGACUGUAAACCAAAGAUAAAGAAAUGGUACAUUCGGAUUUUAGAAAUAUCCAAUGAAAAAUUAAUGUGUUUCAAUGAGCUGAAGCAGACCUGUUUUGUUUUCACUGGAUUUUCCCACACAAGACCUGUAAGAUGUAAUGAUGACCCAGGGAUUAACAGAGUUGCUACCUCAUGUAAGCUUUGGCACAGAUCACCUGUUGGGAUGAAACUUUAAUAAAAAAAAAUAAGAGUUUCCAUUUUGCAAGAA